UUUCUGGUGUAUCUGAAUUGAAGCGGGUUAGUAAAGUUUUAACCAAACCAGGUUAUUUGUCCGGACCGCAGAUUUACCGGUCUGACGGGCCAGGUCGGUCCUGGUUUUAAAACACUGCAUGAAACUAACUGACUCUCAAUGACAGCCAUCAAAGUGCAGAAGACGCUAUUUUACUCAUUCAAGAGACAUAUCAAUGCUUUCGCCGCUGUUCUUUACGACUAUGAAGCUGAAGAAAUCACGAAGCAUCCGUUCACAAGUCUUCUAUGUGGAACAAAGCAGGAUUCAGAGAGGAUACAAUCAGUGCGAAUCUUGACACAGGAUCUCGACACUGGAGACUACUUAGACUUCCUCUGCGCCAUUGCUUACAACAACACCUUAGUUCGACUCUUUGCUGAGGAUCCACAGUAUAUGUGCUGCCAAGGAGACGCAAACUCAAUAACGUUCUCCGAGCGCCGCUGAGAGUUAAAGUCUCCGUAGAGCCCAAACAGCUCAAGUUCAACAAAGUUGGAAAGGAGAAGAUCUUUCAGAUGACUCUCUGCCCUAAGUCAGUGAAUGCUUUAGGCUACAUCUUCGGUGAGCUGAAGUGGACACUCCAAGCAUUACGUUAGGAGGCCCAUCGUCGUCGAACUCUCAAGCUAGCCUCC